AUGCUGCCCAGGAUCACCACCAAGAAGAAGGGGGCUGUGGACAACAAGGCUGCGGAGGAGGAAGAUGAGGAAGAGGACGACUGGUGGAGCAAAUUCUACGCGGCCAUGGGGGACAAGGCAAAGAGCCGGAGGAGGAACAACAGGGACAGACUGAAGAUCUACAGCUGCGAGCUGGAGGCGGUGCCCGAAUUCGAGGGGCUGCAGGAUUUCUGUCAGACCUUCCCCCUCUACCAACCGGGGGGGCACCCCACGCCGGGGGAGGACCCUGUGGGCGAGUUCAAGGGGCUUUUCUGUGUCUACCCCCUGCCCGAGGACCCCGGG